AUUUUUUAAAUUGAUCAAGUAACAUUUAAUUAUUGCAAAAAAAUAAUAAUAAAUUACAAAAUUCAUAAUGGUAGACAUUAAGGACCACCCAUAAUUCUACACAAUCAUUGUAAUUGGUAUAAUUCUCUUUCUUCUAUGUAUAAACACAAACAAAAUUUUUUUAAAAGCCAAACAAAAUGGCUGAUUUUGAUCUCUUCCUUCCCUAAACACAUCUACAAUGCAUUUUUCAUUUAAUUGUAUUUCAUUUGUGCUAUUUCCUAAUCAUGUCACUAUUCGGUCCUACAAAUAACCAGUAUCUUUGAAGCACCUCAUUUUCCAGGGAAAUGAGGAGCAAUUACAGAUCCCUUGGGCUGCUUCAUUCUUUCCCUGCUUUAUCUAGUUAUUUCCUACUCAUUGUUCAGAUCUUAACUCAAGUAUCACUUCUUUUGGGAAGUCAGAUGAAAUUUAUCAUCAUAUUCAUUGUAGUACUUGUAAAAAUUUCAAUCUAGCCUUAUGUUUGGGAUUAUCCAGAACUAUACAUGUUUUUGUUCACUGUUGGGUCCCCAGUGCUUACCCACAGGUAUCUGGCAGUUGGCAAUUGUGAAAAUAAAUGAAUAUGAGUGCUUGGAAUAAUUCCACUGCUAGGGAGACACUUCUUUAUUUGUAAAAAGCAACAUUUACUAUAUGAUGUAUUAUGGUGUGCUAGGCAAUCAAAGUGAUGUAUAUCUCUGUAUAAUUACAUUUUCAUGACCCUAAAAUUCACUAUUGCUCCUAUUUUACAAAUGAGGAAACUUAGGCUUCGGAAACGAUAACUAACUUGCCCAGAUACAAAUAAGAGACAGAAAAAAGCUUUCAACCUAGGUGAAUGCAUUUAUUUACAUUAUUAGCUUUACUUGCCAUUGCUGGCUUCUUUGUUCAUAAAUGUAAAAGUCAUCAUAUAUAACUUAUUUUCAAAAUCGCUCAAUGUUUACAUUAGAAACUGUUUUUUGUUACAUGUCAAAGUAGGAAGUAGGGCGCCAGAAUAAGGGGCAAAGAGACAGAAUAUUGUAUGAGGAAGGGCAACAGGAGAGCUAGUAAUUCUCCUUUUCCCCUUUACUAACCAGCCAUAUGGCUUUGGGCUUCCACAAGGAAGGCUAAAAAAGGUGGGUAAAGCUAAACAGUCCGUCCUUAAGACAUCUAGUCCAACUCUUUUGUUUUGAGGUUUGUAUUACUGACAGCGUGGCAGGGCUGUACAGCCAACUCCUAACUCCUAGUGUUGUUUGUCUGAGUCACACUGCCCCUCCUUGAACGAACAUUUACUGAGUGCCUUAUUGUACGAGGCAUUCAGCAGCAGUAUGUUUCCCAUUCGGUACCCUAAUAUCGAUUAUUGGCUACUUUUCUUUCCUUUUUUUUCUUUCACUCGACCACUUUUAAAACGCUCCAUCGAAUGCAGAGUUAAAUGAGGGGAAAAGCGAGUGCAAGCCAGGCGUCGGGCACUGAGUGGCGUGACCGGUUCAGCAGCUGGUCACUCAGUAGACCCUAAGAAGUCAGUGAUGCUUCUGACUAAGGGAGUGACUCCCAGAUAAUCUAGGUGUAUAAGCGGGCCAGGGAGGGGCGAGGCUGCGUCUCUUAGAGACAACGCCUUUGGCUUUCCAGUGACCCCACUGGUAGGGCGACCGGAGGAAACUCUUCUGUGCAAAAUCGCUACGCCUUUGGCUUCUGCUCUGUGGUGACCGGCUGCCCUAGGCAUUCGGCCAGGUCUUAAAGGGGUCUCUACACCCGCGUUUCUCCUGAAUUCUGAGUCUCCAGCUGCUACGAGAGCAACAUUUAUACCUGGGCGAUAGCUGACCCCGAAGAGGGCAUUUCCACCACCGCUGUUGGCCUAGAGUUCCCGGUUCAAACACAUAGCCCCAAGGCCGGCAGGGUCAAGCUCCCUUAAGGGAGCCAGAUAAGGGCAACAGCUUAGGUGCUGCCACGCGAGGCCUUUUGGGCAGGCAGCAGCCAAUCCUCACGAGUCAUACACGAGCCCCAGCCAAUCAACGGCCGUCUUAUUCCUGGGUCCCGCCCGCGCCGGCCCUUUUACCCUGCUCCUUCCAUCCCUGUGACUGUAGUCGCGGCUGUAGCUGCAACCGCUUCCAGAGCUCACCCGGGUCUGGGGAUCACGCUGGCGCGGUUCGCUUCCUCCUGUUGCCUUCACUGAGGAUGAGUUCCUGCGCGGCCAUGUGCCCACGCCGAGGAGACCGCGAGCGCACUUUCAUCUAGCGACUGGUCACCCUUGCAAUUAUGGAUAUUUAGAAGGAUCAGACAGUGUGGAGGGGGAGUUCCCCUCCUCACUCCCCCUUGGUGCUUGACUCCAGGAAUAAUUUAUAAACUGUGCAAAGUUUUUUCUUUUAAAUAAAGAACUUGUAUUUGAUAUAAACUUUAUAGAGCUAUUUAUAAUUUUUUGACUUAAGUGCCAAAAUAAAUUAUACAAAGAUUUAUAGUUUUAUACUUUUGCCAUGAGGAUUUAAAUUACAAUCCUAAACAGGUCCUUUAUUCCCUGUAAAUCUUUCUGAAAGCAUCUUUGUAUCCUGGCUUUUUCAUGUUUUAAAAUUAGCCUUAUCUGACUAUUCUGAAGAAGGAAGCAGUAUAAAACAAAACAAAACAAAAACAGUUAGGAUGAAUUCUUCCAUCCCUGACUGCACGUUCAAGUGUCGAUCCCUGAAGCAUGCUUUGGAUGUCCUUUCUGUGGUAACCAAGGGGAAUGAAAACCAGAUUAAGGCCUUUCUCUCCAGUCAUUGUUAUAAUGCUGCAACUAUCAAGGAUGCCUUUGGCAGAAAUGCCCUUCACCUUGUUUCCUCCUGUGGGAAGAAAGGAGUGUUGGAAUGGCUUAUUGAGAAAGGAGUGGAUCCGCUGGUGAAAGACAUCGAGUCAGGAUGGACAGCUUUGCACAGAGGCAUAUUUUAUGGACAUAUUGAUUGUGUUUGGUCACUAUUGAAGGGAAAGCUAGAUCCUACAGAUGUCUACACUUGGGGAGAUAAUACAAAUUUCAACCUUGGUCAUGGAAGCCAGGAUAGCAAACAUCAUCCAGAGUUGGUGGAUCUGUUCUCCAGGAGUGGAGUUUAUAUUAAGCAGGUGGUGCUUUGUAAAUUUCACUCAGUGUUUCUGUCUCAGAAAGGGCAGGUUUACACUUGUGGUCAUGGUCCUGGAGGACGGUUAGGCCAUGGAGAUGAACAGACAUGCUUGGUCCCUAGGCUUGUGGAAGGACUGAGUGCUCAUAAUUGUUCCCAAGUGGCAGCUGCUGAAGACCAUACUGUUGUGUUAACUGAAGAUGGAUGUGUUUACACGUUUGGUCUAAAUAUUUUUCAUCAAUUAGGAAUCAUCCCUCCACUGCCCAAUUGUAAUGUACCCAGACAGAUGCAGGCAAAAUAUCUGAAAGGAAGGACUAUCAUUGGAGUAGCAGCAGGCAAGUUUCAUACAGUGCUAUGGACUCGAGAAGCUGUUUACACUAUGGGACUAAAUGGUGGACAACUGGGUUAUUUACUAGAUCCCAAUGGAGAAAAGUGUGUCACUGCUCCUCGUCAAGUCUCUGCCCUUCAUCAUAAGGACAUCACUCUGUCUUUGGUUACUGCAAGUGACGGGGCCACAGUCUGUGUUACUACAAGGGGAGAUAUUUACUUACUUGCAGACUAUCAAUGCAAGAAGAUGGCUUCUAAACAGCUAAACUUGAAAAAGGUUCUUGUAUCUGGGGGGCGUAUGGAAUACAGGGUUGAUCCUGAACCUCUGAAAGAAAAUGGGGAUGAAAAAAUUUGCAUUCUUGCAAUGGAUGGAGCUGGAAGAGUAUUUUGCUGGAGAUCAGUCAGCAGUUCUCUGAAGCAGUGUCGAUGGGCUUAUCCGCGCCAAGUCUUCAUUUCUGAUAUUGCUUUAAAUAGGAAUGAAAUUCUGUGUGUUACACAGGAUGGAGAAGGAUUUAGAGGGAAAUGGUUUGAAGAAAAAAGAAAGAGUUCUGAAAAGAAAGAGAUUUUAUCAAACCUUCAUAAUUCCUCAUCAGAUGUAUCUUGUGUCUCUGAUAUAAAUAGUGUAUAUGAAAGAAUUCGACUUGAGAAACUUACUUUUGCCCAUAGAGCCGUUAGUGUCAGCACAGAUCCAAGUGGAUGCAACUUUGCAAUCCUGCAGUCAGAUCCUAAAACAAGCCUUUAUGAAAUCCCAUCUGUGUCCUCAUCAUCCUUUCUUGAAGAGUUUGGCCAAUUGUUGAGGGAAACAGAUGAAAUGGACAACAUCCAUGAUGUGACAUUUCAAGUUGGCAACAGAAUCUUCCCUGCUCAUAAAUAUAUUUUGGCAGUGCGUUCUGACUUUUUUCAGAAAUUGUUUCUUUCAGAUGGUACUUCUUUAGAUUUUACAGAUGUUUACCAGAAGGAUGAAGAUUCUGCAGGAUGCCAUCUCUUUGUGGUAGAGAAGGUUCAUCCUGACUUGUUUGAAUACCUUUUACAAUUUAUAUACACAGAUACUUGUGACUUUUUAACUCAUGGUUUCAAACCAAGAAUAAACUCAAACAAAAAACCAGAAGAAUAUGAGAGCACUCCAGAUUCUCAUCUGAAGAAAAUGAAUUCCCAUGAAGAUAAUCAGAAGUCAGCAUUUGAAGUUUAUAAAAGUAAUCAAGCUCAAACAAUUAGCGAAAAGCAGAAAAGCAAACCCAAAUCUUCGAAAAAAGUAAAAAGUGUUGGGGAAGAUGACCCUGUAAGAAUGUUGCAAAAUCUUGCAAGGAAAUUUGGUUUCAGUAAUUUGAGUAGUAGGUUAGAUGGAGUCAGAUUUGAAAAUGAAAAAAUUAAUGUUAUUGACAAGAGAACUGGUAAUAAACCAAAGCUAAAUCAGAAAAAAUGCUCAUUUCUAUAUGAUGUCACCAUAAUAUCAGUGGAUGGAAAGGAAUUUCCUUGUCAUAAAUGUGUUCUUUGUGCUAGACUUGAAUAUUUUCAUAGUAUGCUGAGUAGCUCAUGGAUUGAGGCUUCCAGUUGUGCAGCUCUGGAAAUGCAAAUACAUUCUGACAUACUUAAAGUUAUUUUGGACUACCUCUAUACUGAUGAAGCUGUGGUGAUAAAAGAAUCUCAAAAUGUGGAUUUUGUUUGUAGUGUUCUUGUGGUGGCUGAUCAGCUUCUCAUAACUCGAUUGAAAGAGAUUUGUGAAGUAGCAUUAACUGAAAAGCUUACCCUUAAGAAUGCUGCUAUGCUACUAGAAUUUGCAGCAAUGUAUAAUGCUGAGCAACUGAAACUGUCUUGUCUACAGUUUAUAGGGCUGAAUAUGGCAGCUUUACUUGAAGCAAGGUCUCUUGAUGUUUUAAGUGUUGGUGUUUUGAAGGAUCUUUCUGUAUUUUACCGGAAAAUGAUUCCAGCAAUGGAUAGAAGAGUCAUUACACCAUAUCAAGAUGGACCAGAUAUUAGCUAUUUGGAAAUAGAAGAUGGAGAUUUUUUUUUGAAAGAAGAAGUAAAUAUUGAACAAAAUUAUUUGUGUGAUAGGAAAGAUCUCUUAGAGGACAGUGGAUUAUUAAAAUGUGCUAAGACCAAUUCUGUGGAAUCUCUUCCGGAACUAUUGACAUCAGACUCUGAAGGAAGCUAUGCAGGAGUGGGUAGUCCUAGAGAUUCACAGUCCCCUGAUUUCACAACAGGAUUUCCUUCAGAUAAGUCGGAGGGGAAAAGUAAACCAUAUGUUAAUGGUACACCUCCUACAUAUUCUAGGGAAGAUGUAAAACCAUGGGAAAAAUCGCCAGUACUUAAAGUAUCUGCUCCACAGUCCAUUCCUAGUAACAGAAUUGAUACUUCAAGCUCUUCCAAUUGGGCUGCUGGCUCUUUCAGUCCUGUCAGCCCUCCUGUCAUGGAUCUCAGAACCAUCAUGCAAAUUGAAGAAAAUAGACAAAAAUGCGGAGCUACACCAAAGACAAAUUUGGGCAAAAUGAUUUCUCCUGGAGUAAAACUUUCUCAGAAGCAAAGAAAAAUGAUUGCAAUGACUACCAAAGAAAAUAAUUCAGGAAUGAAUAGCGUGGAAACAACUUUAACUGCUUCAUUCAAAACCUCAAAACCUGCACACGCAUGGGCAUCUUCUCUACAUUCAUUUUCAUCCAAGUCAUUCCGGGAUUUUUUAGUGGACGAAAAAAAAUCUAUUACUGGCCAUAGUUUAGGAGAUUGUAUGAAAAAAGUUUGUUUUAAAGGAACUGAGAAUUCCCAGGCUCCAAAAAUUGUAAGAUGCUCUACUCAUGGUACCCCAGGACCAGAAGGCAACCAUAUUUCAAAUGUACCACUUCUAGACAGUCACAACCCCUGGCUGUCUUCUUCCUUGACUGCUCCUGCUGUGGCGGCCCCAGUCACUUUUGCAUCUAUUGUGGAAGAAGAACUGCAACAGGAAGCAGCGCUUAUCAGAAGUCGAGAAAAACCCUUGGCUUUGAUUCAGAUUGAGGAGCAUGCAAUACAAGAUUUAUUGGUUUUCUAUGAAGCAUUUGGCAACCCUGAUGAGUUUGUCAUUGUUGAAAGGACACCGCAGGGACCACUGGCAGUACCUAUGUGGAAUAAGCAUGGAUGCUAGUUUGCUGUGCAAUGGAGACCAAUUUUCAUAAAUCGUGAUGGUGAUAAGGAAAAGCUGUGGAAAAGAGUUCUUACAAAUUUCGUAAUAGAUCAUUGUAGAUAGAAUAAGAAAGAUCUCAUUUGUUUAUGGCAAUUUAAGCAUUUAAUAUUUGUAUAAUUAAAAAGAAAUUUCUUAGAAUCAUGAUUUUAGUAAUUUUAUGUAAAGAUGUGUGAGAGGAAAAACUAGGUUAUGUUUAAAUAGAAUCAUUUCUUCUGAAUAGUCUUAAAAGAAAAACAGGAAUGAUUGAAGUGUAAAAUUUGAGUCAUGCGUUAAAAAUGACUUCCUAUUUGAGAAUUUGGGAUAAAUAAUUUAGAAGGUUUUUGCCAAAUGUCUGUUAUUCUUUUUUAAUAUGACAUUGAUGAGCUUAAAGUAGGAGUAUUAACUGUAAUUUCUGACCCAUUACUGGCCAAAAUUGUGUUUACUAUAGUAGUUAUGUCUCCAUUGUGUUUUUUUACCAGGCUAUAAAUGUUCUAGCCUAUUUAAAGCUUGAAUUGCUCAAAUGCCAUAUAUUUCAAUUUGGAUACCAUAUCCUCCAUUUUGCAUUAAACUAUGGAGUAUCAAUUUGGAUACCAUAUCCUCCAUUUUGCAUUAAACUAUGGAGUAUAAUAGAAAGGAAAUACGAACACUUCUGAACAGCUUAGUCCAAGAUAAUAGUUCUUUUAUAAGAUUUGGAGACGUUGUGGGUUGUUUCUUGGGAGGGAAGAUCUUACAAAGCCGAAUGUGAGAGAAUCAAUUUCUCAAAGUAUUAACAUUUUGUAAGAUAAACGCUUAAUUAUGCAUUGCAAGAAUUAAAUAGUUUGGAAGAAGAUUGGUUUAUAUUACUUAUACAAUAUUCUGUAAUCAGAAAUUCUCUGAGCCUGGGUUAUUUGGAUAUAAACAUUGUUUUCUUUACAGUAUGCUGUUUGGUUUGUUUUUGAGUGGCUAAAUAUUUUAAAAACAAAUGUCAAAUCUUUGCUCCAGUACCUAGACACAUUGGGAGGGUUAAUGUUCUAUUGGGUUGUCGGAAAAGUCAUGACGCAUUUUUACGAAAAACAUAGAAAAAAUACGUCAUGACUUUUCCGGCAACCCAGUAGUUUCUGGGAUAGAAGCCUAGGGGAACAUACAGGAAAUUCACUGCUAUAAUUCAGUUGAUGGAAAUAUGGCUGGCACUAACUCAAUACUUGAGGUUUAGCUCUGCCCAAAAGCAGCAAACUUGUAAGCAAAUGUCAAUAAAAAAUAAUUUUGAUUACUG